AUGGUACAGGAGAUCACACUCGAAGAAAGAAGACCUAAAGAAGAUUUCAGAGAAGAAACGGUACAGGAGAUCACACUCGAAGAAAGGAGACUUAAAGAAGAUUUCAAAGAAGAAACGGUACAGGAGAUCACACUCGAAGAAAGGAGACCUAUAGAAGAUUUUGAAGAAUUUACAAGAAGAAAUGGUACAGGAGAUCACACUCCAAGAAAGGAGAAAAGGAGAGUUAAAGAAGAUUUUGAAGAAGAAAGGGUACAGGAGAUCACACUCGAAGAAAGGAGACUUAAAGAAGAUUUUGAAGAAGAAACGGUACGGGAGAUCACACUCGAAGAAAGAAGACUUAAAGAAGAUUUUGAAGAAUUUACAAGAAGAAACGAAGAAAUGGUACAGGAGAUCACACUCCAAGAAAGGAGAGUUAAAGAAGAUUUUGAAGAAGAAAGGGUACAGGAGAUCACACUCGAAGAAAGGAGACCUAAAGAAGAUUUUGAAGAAGAUACGAAAGAAGACUUAAAGAAGAUUUUGAAGAAUUUACAAGAAGAAAUGGUACAGGAGAUCACACUCGAAGAAAGAAGACCUAAACAAGAUUUCAAAGAAGAAACGGUACAGGAGAUCACUCUCGAAGAAAGAAGACCUAAAGAAGAUUUCAAAGAAGAAACGGUACAGGAGAUCACACUCGAAGAAAGAAGACCUAAAGAAGAUUUCAGAGAAGAAACGGUACAGGAGAUCACACUCGAAGAAAGGAGACCUAAAGAAGAUUUUGAAGAAGAAAGGGUACAGGAGAUCACACUCGAAGAAAGAAGACCUAAAGAAGAUUUUGAAGAAGAAAGGGUACAGGAGAUCACACUCGAAGAAAGAAGACCUAAAGAAGAUUUCAAAGAAGAAACGGUACAGGAGAUCACACUCGAAGAAAGAAGACCUAAAGAAGAUUUCAGAGAAGAAACGGUACAGGAGAUCACACUGGAAGAAAGGAGACUUAAAGAAGAUUUUGAAGAAGAAAGGGUACAGGAGAUCACACUCGAAGAAAGAAGACCUAAAGAAGAUUUCAGAGAAGAAACGGUACAGGAGAUCACUCUCGAAGAAAGGAGACCUAAAGAAGAUUUCAAAGAAGAAACGGUACAGGAGAUCACACUCGAAGAAAGGAGACCUAAAGAAGAUUUUGAAGAAGAAAGGGUACAGGAGAUCACACUUGAAGAAAGGAGACCUAAAGAAGAUUUUGAAGAAGAAACGGUACAGGAGAUCACACUCGAAGAAAGGAGACCUAAAGAAGAUAUCAGAGAAGAAACGGUACAGGAGAUCACACUCGAAGAAAGAAGACCUAAAGAAGAUUUCAGAGAAGAAACGUUAGUAACAUUUUCAUCUUGUUUCCCAUUAAUUUCCAUGACGUUCCAUGAAUGA